CGGCUAUGGCUGGUGAGUAUAAAGGGUUAGCGAAGGAGGCACUAUAGACCAGCGAACAGCACGUUCACUACUCAAUCGCCUUCAAGCCACCUCCCCAUCUCAUCUACCCUCUUCACCUCUACGAUGAAGUUCAUCUCUGCCAUCGUCGCCGCCGUUGCCGCCGCCUCGGCCGCCGUCGCUACGACCAUCCGCUACGACCCCGUCUACGACAACGCGGGCCAGUCGCUCGCCACCGUUUCCUGCUCUGACGGGCCCUACGGUCUGCUCACCCGCGGGUACACCACCUUCGGGUCUCUGCCCCAGUUUCCGCACAUCGGCGCGAAGGAGGGCGCCUCGCACGGGACCGCGGAGUGCGGCACCUGCUACAAGCUCUAUUGGACGGACGAGUUCGGCACGACUCGCUCCAUCCACGUCCUCGCCAUCGACUACGCGACGAGCGGCUUCAACAUUGCCCAGACGGCGCUCGAUGAGCUGACCGGCGGGCGCGCUGUCGAGAAGGGGUCCAUUGACGCGACCGUGAAGCAGGUCAACGUCAAGCACUGCGGGCUGUAAUGGACCACCCACGAACAUUUGGGUGUAUGCACUCUUCCGAACCGAUAUCAUGGCAUGGACUUACGGACUCACUAACGGACGUUGUUGUACUGGUAUCGGACUAUCUGUGUUGCAAGGAUUUGUAGUAGUGUAUGACCACGGGACUGUAAUGAUGAGAGAACGUGCAUAUUC